ACGUAACUUCCUGUCUGGCGACGGAGCGACGCUUCACUAAAAUGGCCGCGGCGGCUGUAGUGGAGGCUUCUUCAGGUAAAGAUGCUAUCGCUGAGGGGCUGCUCGACCUCCUGAAACCCGCUAUCCAGCAGCUGGACCUGCACGUGCACUCAGUCAGAGAAAGCCAAGUAGAGUUAAGAGAACAUAUAGACAGCCUGGCCACAGAGUUAUGCAGGAUAAAUGAACAUCAGAAGGUGGCUCUAGACCUGGACCCUUAUGUGAAGAAGCUGCUGAAUGCAAGACGUAGAGUUGUGCUAGUAAACAACAUACUGCAGAACGCUCAGGAACGUCUGAGGCGACUCAACCACAAUGUGGCCAAAGAGACGGCACGAAGAAAGACCAUGCUGGAGGCUUCAGGAGUGUUCACGUCCCGCUCCCCCAGUAAACCCUGACCCUCCUCCUCCGGCUCCGCACGGCUAAUACUGUGAACUGUCUUGACCAGGAGGGACACGUCAAUACAGGAAACUGUAACAUGAGGAGGUCACGUCUUCCUUUGACAUUUACUUGUCUAAUCACAUGCUGAUGUCCUGCUCUGCUUUGUCUGAUGUCAUCAUAAUAAAAUCCAGGCUACUAUCUGCUUAGCAUUUGGCAAACAGGUAAUUCUUUAAUCCUCUGAGAGAAUUCAAGAGAGUCAGUUACAGUAUCACACAGUGAAUAAAUUACACACAUGUAGCCACUAAAUCCACAUUUAUUUCAGUUUGUUUCUUCUGGUCAAGUGAAUGAUUGUUAGUGCUGUGUCACAGCAAAUCAAGAUGGUAGAUGAUGAGGAUGAAACUAUAGGAUGUUGUCUCCAUGAUUAUACAAUGUAAUGCUUGUGAUUGUUUUGUAUGAUAUUGAUUGCUUCAUUAUGAGUUCAUAAAGUAUACAUUAAUGUUA